UAUCGCCCAUCCACAUGUUAAAUUUGUUUUGAUUCUGCUUUGAAAAUAUUUUUGCCUGUUUAUUAUAAGAAAAUGGCAUACGUUGCGCUUAGUGAGGCAGAGAAAACUUUUAUUCUGCAUGGCGUUGAGGAGGAUUUCCGCUGUGAUGGUCGUUCGCGCCGCGAUUACCGGCCAAUGGAACUGGAAACGGGCCUGGUCAGCAAUGCUAGUGGGUCGGCACGACUACGUUUAGCGAAUACGGAUAUUUUGGUGGGCGUUAAAACUGAAAUCGAUGUGCCCAAUCCAUUAACGCCUCAAUUUGGCAAGUUGGAAUUCUUUGUGGAUUGCUCUGCGAAUGCCACUCCAGAAUUUGAGGGUCGCGGCGGCUCAGAUCUGGCACAGGAGCUGAUACUUUCACUGCAAAAUGCCUACGAAUCCCCAUUUGCCUUUGACUAUCGCACCUUGUGCCUCAUACCAGGACAGCAAUGUUGGAAACUUUACAUAGAUAUAUUGAUUCUGGAAUGCGGUGGCAAUCUGUACGAUGCUGUUUCCCUGGCAGCCAAGGCAGCGCUCUACAACACAAAGCUGCCGCGCGUUACUGCAACAUUGCUGGACGCAGGUGUCACUGAUUUAAUUAUAUCUGACAAUCCCUACGACUGCACACGCAUAGGCAUCGAUGCAGUGCCGCUGCUUGUGACCGUAUGCAAGAUUGGUGAUUAUUGCCUUGUGGAUCCCACAGCUGAGGAGGAAGUGUGCAGCACAGUCAGCAUGGUUGUAUCCGUGUCCAUGCGUGACAAUGAAGCUUAUUUAUCUGGCACACACAUGACCGGUGGCGGCUCCAUGCACAGGGAUACCAUGCUAAACAGCAUACAGCUGGGCCUCUCCAUUGGCGAGCAACUGAACAGCUUGCUCGUCAAGAUGCUUAAGUCGGAGGAGGGGCGAGUGGGGCCUAAGCGGCCCAAGACAGUGGGAUUUCUUAAAUAAAAGUGAAUUAUUAUGAAAGUUUA